UAGUUCUUCUCACUUGCGAGUUCCGUAAUCCAACGAAUCUAAACGGUUACGUGGUACAUUGUGCAGUUGUUGCAGCAAGACCAAUAUGUUCUGGUCUGCGAGCCAAUUUUUCUUCCACAUAAUGUAAAAUAAUCAUUAAGCUAACUGUACUAAUCAGCACAAAAUAACAAGAUUAGGCAUUUUUUAUUAAAUUUGCCAAUAUGGAUUCAAGUUUAUUGUUUAAAUCGUGCGUAAAGCAGGUGGGAACUGGGACGGUGAAGGGCUUAAAUAGUACAAACAUAUUUACAAAGCCACCGUCCAAACAAAGCAUAUUUGCUAUUAAUGCUUAUAAAAUUACUAAAGAAAUCUCUGAGAUGCACAAACUUUUGAACGAUCGUCGCCAGGCAUAUUUGACUUUUACAAGGAAUCUCAGGAGUGAACCUUUUUUAACCGAGUUAGAUAAGGAUACUCUGGAUGCUCAGGUGGACCAAAUCUUAACCACUUGUUCCAAAAUGAUAGCUGAUUUGAAAGUGGAGAUCAAAACUUCCGAUUCUAAUCUGCAACAUAAAGAACACAGAGAAAACAUGGUUUCUUUGAUUGAAGAUUACUUGAAGCAAGUAAUGAAAAUAUUUACUGAUCAAAAAUCUUUAAGAUUGCAAAAAAAAUUGGAUAUGAGGGAUUCUUUGGAAUCAAGACUCAUGCCAUUGAGUAACAGUGAGCAGAUUCCACCCACUUCAAAUUCACGAGAUUUAAAUUCUUCUAAUGACUCAGAAGUAAAUGACAAUCCUCAAGAAUCAUCUUUGAGAAUUCAAGAACUUAAUGGUGAUACAAUAGAUUCAACAUUUAAAGAAAUACCUUUAUCUGCAGAAGACAUUCAAAUGUUCGAUGAAGAAAAAGAACAAUUUUUCAAUGAAUUAAAUUUGGUUUCUGAAGAAAUUCAGCAAAUUGAGCGUAAAGUUGUAGGUAUCUCAGAGCUCACUCAAGCAUUCAAUGAAAAAAUCCAUGAUCAAGAUUUAAACAUAGAUAAUAUCGCUAUGCUAACUAUCGGUAGCACAGAAAAAGUAAAAGAAGGCAAUGAACAAGUCAGAGAAGCAAUUCAACGACGAGCCGAUGCAAGAGCAUGGAUUCUCUUUGUUUUAUUAGUUUUAUCAUUUACUCUAAUUUUCUUGGAUUGGUAUGCAGAUUGAAAAACAUAAAUUGGAACCAAAAGUCUUGUUAUUAUGCUGAUUAACUACAAUACAUGAUUUAUUUUGCUAUAUUGUAUCGAUUAACUAUCUUUGAAAUACCAAAGAAAAAUUCAGUUUCAAUAAAAUCAUUUUCAUUAUAUGAUUCAACUAAUUGAACUUUGAGCGGAGCUGUGAACAAUUGCAACAUUUUUGUAAUGAACUUACAGAAGAUAUUGGUGGAAUAUUUUUGUUGCUGAAACUUUAUCAGCAAUUAUAUACAGUUGGCAGGAGUUCAUUGUAAUAGGGUCUCUGUGUUAAAAUAUGCUGAUGCUUCCAAAAUAAUCAAUGAAUUUUUAUGGAGUCAUCAAGUUAAUAAAAAUAUUGGAACCUACUCCCGAGUUGCAACAGAUGUGCAAAAACUAAAAAAAAUUGUACAUACAUUAUUUUUUUUAUAAAAUAAAAAUGUUUAUUUUGUAAA